AUGACCAAGGACGACAAGGAGAAGAUCGCGGGGGACCUUGUUCCCACCCUGGCUCGGACCGACAGCGACGAGCUGGACGGCUACGUCCUCACGCCCGAGGAGGAUGUUGCUCUCAAGCGCAAGGCCGACCUCCACCUGCUCCCGAUCUUGUGCCUCGGGUACUUUCUCCAGUUUCUCGACAAAACUUCGAUGAGCUAUGCCGCCGUCAUGGGUUUUAGACCGGACAACCAUCUCUCGCUGGGCGACUAUUCGUGGCUGGGCAGCAUCUUCUACCUCGGAUACCUCGUCGGCGAGUAUCCUAUGUGCAUUCUGCUGCAAAAGUUCCCGAUCGCCAAGGUGACGGCGGCCAACAUGAUUGUCUGGGGUGCCAUCCUCGCCAUGAUGGCUGUCGCGCACAACUUUGCAGGUCUGAUGGUCGUCCGAUUCCUCCUCGGGUUCUUUGAGUCGUCUAUCACACCAGGCCUGGCCCUCUUCACAGGCCAGUGGUACCGCCUGCGUGAGCAGGGUACCCGCACUGGCCUGUGGUUCUCGAUGAACGGCCUCGGAUACAUUGUAGGCGGCGCCAUGGGAUGGGGCCUACUCAAGGCGACAAACGAGCACAAGCUCGCCAUUGCCGGCUGGAAGAUCAUCUUCAUCGCCUGCGGUAUCGCAACCGUCGCUGCGGGGCUCCUCGUUCUCUUCUUCAUUCCUGACAGUCCGGACACCGCGUGGUUCCUCACCGAGAGGGAGCGCCGCCUCGUCAAGAUCAGGACGAGGGAGAACCAGCAGCCGACCAACAAUGCUUGGGAGUGGCCUCAGUUCUGGGAGGCGUUGCGCGACCCACUUACCUGGCUUUACUCACUUGUUGCCAUUCUGGCCUGUAUCCCCAACGGUGUCACGACAAACUUCUUCACCAUUAUCCUUUCGACCCUCAACUUCUCCACGGCCGAUUCGCUCCUCCUCGGCAUGAUCAACAGCUGGCUGGGCAUCAACUACAUUGUCUACCCGUGGCUGGGUGACAAGUUCAAGAAUCGAAACCUGAUGACCCUCUUCCCUUGCGCGCAGUCGAUCACAGGCUUCGCGCUCGUGUGGGCCCUCCCGAAGCACAUGCAGGCGGGGCGCCUGGCUGGGUUCUAUCUAAUCAUCCCGUACAUUGUCUGCCUGCCGAUCACCCUGUCGUUGAUCACGUCCAAUGUUGCCGGAACGACCAAGAAGACGACAGUCAAUGCACUCUACCUCAUCUUCUACUGCGUGGGCAACCUCAUUGGCCCGCAGACGUUCCGAGCCAAGGAUGCGCCAAACUACACGCCGUGCUACGUGACGUGUAUCGUCUGCGUUGCCCUCGUGGGCGCAACGCAGGUGGCCAUCUACUUUGUGUACCGGCACGAAAACGCGAAGCGCGACAGGUUGGAGGGCACCGACGGCGUGCACCUGUUCAAGGAGUCCGAGGACCUGACCGACAGUCUCGACAAGGAGGCCGCGACGGCCGUGCGCACGGCCGACGCCGACCCGGACCUGUUCAUCUCCAAGGAGGACGACGUGCGGAUCAGGAAGAAGGCGGAUAAGCACCUCUUGCCGAUUCUGUGUGCCGUGUAUGCUCUGCAGUUUUUGGACAAGACUUGCAUGUCCUACGCAGCCAUCAUGGGGUUCCGCCAGGCCAACCACCUCAACACUAGCCAGUACUCGUGGCUCGGCUCCAUCUUCUACCUGGGCUACCUGGUCGGCGAGUACCCCAUGUGCUACGUCCUGCAGCGCUUCCCGAUCGCCAAAGUAACCGGCACCAACGCGAUCAUCUGGGGCGCCGUGCUGUGCCUCAUGGCCAUCGACAAGGGGUUCAUCUACCUGAUGGUGAUCCGGUUCCUGCUCGGCUUCUUCGAGUCGUCCAUCACGCCCGCGCUCGCGCUGUUCACGGGACAGUGGUACAAGCUGCGCGAGCAGGGCACGCGCACGGGCGUAUGGUUCGCGAUGAACGGCUUCGGAUACAUCUUUGGCGGCGCGAUUGCGUACGGGCUCGUCAAGGCCGACAUGGAGCACAAGCUCGCCAUCCCAGGGUGGAAGGUCAUCUAUAUCCUCCUCGGCCUGAUGACUGCCGUCUCGGGUAUCCUGGUGUUGUUGUUCAUUCCUGACACGCCGGACAAGGCGUGGUUCCUCACCGAGGAGGAGAAGAAGCUCGCCGCUAUCCGCGUCCGCGGAAACCAGCAGCCUGUCGAGAGCAAGUGGGAGUGGAGCCAGGUCAAGGAGGCCUUGACGGACCCCCUCACGCUCAUGUACUGCCUCGUCGGUAUCCUGACGUGCAUCCCCAACGGUCUCCUCACCAACUUCUUCACCAUCAUCAUCCAGGGCUUCGGCUUCACGGCCCUCCAGACGCUCCUCCUCGGCAUGGUCAACUCGUGGCUCGCGUUCAACUACUUUGGCUGGCUGUGGCUCGGCGACAAGCUGCGCAACCGCUGCCUGGUGGGCAUUGUGCCGUGCUGCAUCUCGGUCGUCGGCCUGUGUCUGGUGUGGCUCCUCCCGCCGCACAUGAAGAUCGGGCGCCUGGUGGGCUGCUACAUUGUCAUCCCGUACAUCAUCUGCCUCGCCGCGACAAUGUCGCUCAUUACGUCCAACGUCGCGGGCAAGACGAAGAAGUCGACCGUCAACGGCCUCUACCUCAUCUUCUACUGCGUCGGCAACCUCAUCGGCCCGCAGAUCUUCCGCGACAAGGACGCACCCAAAUACACGCCUGCGUACCUCACCUGCGUGCUGUGUGUCGUGCUCACCGGCGUGUGCAUGGUCGGCAUCGACCUCAUCUACCGCCACGAGAACAAGAAGCGCGACCGCCUCGAGGCGCUCAACGGUGUGCACGACUUCAAGCCCGAGGAGGACCUCACCGACAGGCAGAACCCCCACUUCAGGUAUACCCCGUGA